AUUUGACGUUGUGUGGACGUUACCAUUAUGACGUCUAGGAGACGUUGGGUUUUGGUUGCCAUACCUGAUGACUAAAUAUCAGUAUUUGACGUCAAUGUGACGUUGGCUUAAGACGUUGGCUUGACGUUGGAUUUUGGUUGGUUACUGCCCCAACCUAAAUCUAACUAAAUAUCAACGUCUAAUGAUGUUAGAGUUUGACGUUGUGUGGAUGCUACCAUUAUGACGUCUAGUAGACAUUGGUUUUUGGUUGCCAUACCAGACCACAAAAUGUCUGUGUUUGACGUCAAUGUGACGUUGGUUUAAGACGUUGACUUGACGUUGGCUUGACGUUGGAUUUUGGUUAGUUAAUGCCACAACCUAAAACUAACAAAAGAUCAAUGUCUAAUGAUGUUAGAGUUUGACGUUGUGUGGACGUUACCAAUAUGACGUCUACGAGAUGUUGGGUUUUGGUUGCCAUACCAGACCACAAAAUGUCAGUAUUUGACGUCAAUGUGACGUUGGCUUGAGACGUUGACUCGACGUUGGAUUUUGGUUACUUUACAACACAACCUAAAAACAACAAAAUAUCAACGUCAGCUGACAUCGGUAUUGGAUGUCACAGUAACAUUGUCAUUAGACGUUGGCUUGAGAUUGAAUUUUGGUUACCUGACGUCGCGACCUAAAUCUAACCAAAUAUUAACGUCUUAUGACGUUGUGUGCCUGCUGGGUUGAGUCAGAGCACGUUCACUAGAUCUUCCGUAUUAAAAAAUAAAUAAAUCAAGUGAAACAUUUUUCCACACAUGAAAUAUGAAAGCAAAUAGACAUGAUUAUGACAAUAUAUUUUCUGUAUGUGUUUUGUAUGCAGCUCAUGGUAUUUUUUUAUAGCAAUAAAGGAUGUUUAUGACAAAUAUUAGCAGUGUAGCAUUAUUAAACAUACAAAGAGUGCAUGUGUCUGCUUAUAGAAUCAAAAUCAACUCACAAUCAGUCAAGAUCACAAGCGGAAGUUAUUACUAGCAGUCGAUGAUGAUUUAAAGUGGGUAAGCAAAUUAAUAAUUACAUAUAUUUUCAAGUGUAGCUUGAUGUUAAUUGUACUUCUAAUUAUAGAACGUAGCCUAUUCUUGUAAGCAUUAUAUAUAGUUUGUGUUUCUGGUGUAGAACCAAACUUUGUUUAUCUUAAUUUAAUGCUGUAUAUUGAGCAGCGGACAAUAUUAAAUCCACAUUCGAGAUACAUCUGAGGAAAAAUGCAUUGCAUCACAGAACUUCUCCAGAAGUGGUGGCACAUGCUGCAGAACCUCCUGAAGUGGCGGUGCUAGCUUCUGCUCCUUGUAUGAUGGUGGCGCCCAGCAAUGUACCCUCAGCCUGUUGAGUUGCGGUCAAAGAGACCAUUACUGUACUCGCCCUGUGUCCGGAGUUUACCAUUGUAGAACCUCCAGAGGUGUUGGCAACUGCUGCAGAACCUCCAGAGGUGUCAAUGGUAUCUGUCUGUGAUUCCUUGUUCUGCCCUGUCACGGCUAUGGAGGCCGUCUGCGAAUCCUCGUCCUGCCCUGUCACAGCUAUGGAAGCCGUAAAUUUGAAUUGUCUGUCUGGAGCUCUGAAACUAUAAAUGCACCCCAUAUCUGUCCUGUUAACCCUGUCAUUGCCACGGAGACCAUUAGUGUACAGUCUGUCUGUCCCCUUCCAGUCAAUGUGUUUACUCAUGAAUUAUUUGUCUGUCCUGUUUCGAUGAAUGAGCCUGACUGUGAAUUGUCUGCCAUUGUUUAUCUCACUGAAAAAUCUACCAGUCCAGUUCCAGUCAAUGAGUUUAAUUAUGGACUGUCUGCCCUCUCCGUUGCCAACAGGGAAUAUAUUGAUGAACUUCUUGUGCUCCCUGCCCCGGUCCUUGAGACCGUAUAUGUUCUCUCUGGUUUUUGUGUCUCAGUUUCUCAUAGGCUCCAAUCUCUGCUGUGAGUUCCUGAUCAGCCUGUUCAGUCAUGGUGCUCUCCUGAUUCGCACUGGUGGGCUCCUGCUCUGUCUGCUCCGCCCUGAAGGUUUACUGCUCAGGUGUGUUUGCUGAUUCAGAUGCAGUGAAGUCAGUGUCAGUGAUGGUGGAAAAUUCAGUCUCUCUACAGACUAACACUGAACUACAGACAGAGAAUCUGAUAACGUGGACAUUUGGACGCCCAGAGACACUUAUAGCUCAAAUCCUUAAAGAGGAUGGAAUCUUCUCCACGUAUGUUGGUCCUGAUGGGAGAUUCAGAGACAGAUUGAAGCUGGAUCAUCAGACUGGAUCUCUGACCAUCACAAACACCAGAACCACAGACUCUGGACUUUAUCAAGUAACCAUCAUUGGAAGGAAAGAGAACACAUACAGAUUCAAUGUUACAGUCUAUAGUGUGUUUGCUGAUUCAGAUGCAGUGAAGUCAGUGUCAGUGAUGGAGGGAGAUUCAGUCUCUCUACAGACUCACACUGAACUACAGACAGAGAAUCUGAUUACAUGGACAUUUGGACGUCCAGAGACUCGUAUAGCUGAAAUCAAUAAAGACACUGGAAGAUUCUCCACAUAUGAUGUUCUUGAUGGGAGAUUCAGAGACAGACUGAAGCUGGAUCAUCAGACUGGAUCUCUAACCAUCACAAACACCAGAACCACAGACUCUGGACUUUAUCAAAUAAUCAUCAUCAGGAGAAAGACCACAUUCAGAUUCAAUGUUACUGUUUAUAACUCUGUCCGUGGUUGUGAUUCUACUGAAGCUGUGAUCCGACUGGUCGUCUCUGCUCUGGUGGGCGUGGCUGCUGUCUCUGCUGUUGUUGUUCUGGUUUAUGACAUCAGAUCCAGACAAGCUGAACAAGAUUCUUUAGCCUACUGAUUUUUAAUAUCUUUCUGAAUCCCCCUUCCCUUAAAUACUUAAAUCUGAACUUUGUUAGUUAAAAUCUCAAAGUUAAGAGAUUUAAUGUUCACAUCCACUCUAGAAGCAAUUCUGUUCUAUUUUAUUCUGUUCUAUAAUAAACACUUGACAUAAUUACAGCAGUAUUUCCUUUUCCUGGCACAGAUAUUCAAUGUGUUUGUAUUCAUAUGAAAAUUAAUCAGAUUAAAAUAUAAGAAAACACUUUUGUAUGCACAGUUAGAAUGGUGUUCUGCUCCUGCUCCAUGAAACCAAUUAGAGAAACUCUGAAAUCAGUCUGAUAAGAGAAAUAAUUUAGAAAUGAAUAACUGCGAGCUGAAGGAGAGCCAGAGCCAAACACUCUCAGGAUCUCAUAAGCAGAUCAAACGCUGCUUUAAGACACUUAACUUCUCUAGUCCGUGAUCAUGUUAUGGUCAGUUUAUUUCUGUAGAAAAUGAUGCCACUGAAUAAAACGGGAAGCUGUGGUUGACUGGAGCUCAAAGUGGCCAAGUUAAUAAGUUGUGAAAUGAACGAAAAAAAAAAAAAACUUGUUUUAGCUGACAGUAGAGUUUCUCAUGACUUUACUACAGAGCAACCUCACAUAAAAUCAUCUAUUUCAUUACUGAACCAGCUCUGAAGAGUUUGUUUUGUUAUUUGGAUAUUCAUUUAAAAUGUGAAUUAUUAAUUUAAAAUUUCAAACGGUUUACUUUAGUUUAGGGUGUUCCUUUGGUCAUGUUUGCAGUACGAGAGACUCUUCAGGAAUCCUUAGGUUUUAGCCCUGCCGAACUAGUGUCCGGGCACACUGCGAGGCCCUUUAAAAUUGUUUUGUGAACAGUUGCUGUCUGAGACAAAACCACAGACUAGUGUACGCCUACACCAAGCUCGUGAAGUGGCACUUUCGGAGUUGGGCUGCACACAGACUAAAAUGAAGACUCGCUUUGAUAAAAAGAGUGUUUAUCGAAGUUUUCAGGAAGGUGACUUGGUGCUUGUCUUUCUUCCUCUUCCUGCGUCACCGUUACAGGCCAAGUUUUCUGGUCCCUAUACUAUCAAACAAAGAUUAAGUGACAGAUUAUGUCAUUAAUACUCCUGACAGAAAACGAAAGAUCAGUGUCACUGUUAUGUUCUCUUUUCUGAAUUGCAACAAAAUAAGGGAGUCACCACACCACAGCCAAUUAAGUGAAUCUAUUUAUCCGUUGUAAAAAAGGCUAUAAGUUUCUACUAUUGUAAUAUCUCUCUUUUAAAUCCCUUCCUCCUGCAUGUUGAGUGGCAUGCAUACACAGACCGCUUCACCUCAGCCAAUCAGCGUUCAGAAACCGUGACCGCGUGAUCUCCCCCGCCCUAGCAGAGACUAGAGCUGUGUCCGAAACCACUCCUUAUCCACUAUAUAGUGCACUAUAUCGGGUGUCAGCCAUUUUGUAGUGCUGUCCGAAUUCUGAGUGAAUGACUUCAUUCCCUACAUUCGUUCACUACUUUUUACCCACAAUGCAUUCUGAUUUCGAGUGUACAACCGAUGUACACUCGCUGAAGCACUAUUUCCCACAAUCCAAUGCGGAGAACCGACGAGCUGUUAGAGCUAGCGGGAGCGAGCGAGUUUGAAUGAGAGAUGCCGUUUAAUUUGCAAAAAUGAUGAAUUUGGUGGAUUUUUAAAAAUGUUCGUUGGUGGUGUAUUCAUUCUGAUGUCAAAUUAACGGUCGCCUGAGGGCGUUCUACGGUCAUCUUAUUUGAGUGCAAAAAUGCUGCUCGGGAGAGUUUCAAGAUAAUACAAACAAUAAAUACAUACAAUUAUUAAUAUGUGCUAAUGUGAGUUUAUUUUUGUUGACAAUAUUUUAAUAGUAUUUAAUGAUUAUGACCAUAUUACAGAACAAAUGAAUAAUAUACCAUCAAUGAAACCACAAAGCUGAUUACAAGUCAUUUUAAGUGUUAUUGCUAUUAAUAUUAUUUUCUAAAAUGAGGUACAUGAAAUAUAAAAGUACAUCUAAGAUGUUUUUGCAACAGCCAAGUCUCACGCGCAGUGUACACGUCACCGUCCGAAUCCGUUCAAUUCAUAUAGUUCACUCCUUUGUAAUAUAGUGCACUCAACUGCCUUACACUAUAUAGGGAUUAGUGAAUGAGUGAACGAGUGAGCGAUUUCGGACACAGCUAUGUUGAGUGCAGCAGCAUGCGGAGACAACUGCAGUCACGCCAUCUACGCCGAAAAUUUUGUUGCGCGUCUACAUGGCGUUGCGUGGUAGUGAUAGCCGUUAAACUUCCAAAGAUUUGCAAAUCUUUUUUUUUUUUUUUUUUUUUAAAAGAGUGUUUAGAUCAAGUAUCAAACUGAAGCCCAGUCUGGAUAAUAAUAAGCUGAUUAAAAACACAUUAUACAGGCACUUCUUAUUUAAUGGCUUAUUUAAUGGUAAAGUCAUGGCAAAUUCUAUUUACAUUGCUAUAUAGACAUAUUUUAAAAAAUCAUAAAAAUAUAAAAUCAAAUUGUUUUCUGCAAACUCCACCAGAUUAUUGUUCUGAAUCUCCUCAAGUACCACUGUGAUGAUUUUCAUGUUGCUUUACUGUAUCAUUUUUUUAAAUAAUUGCAUACCAAAGUCAUGACAAAUGCAAUUUACAUUGCUGUAUGGACAUAUUUUAAAAAUUCAUAAAAGUAUAAAAUCAAAUUGUUUUCUGCAAACUCCACCAGAUUAUUGUUCUGCAUCUUCUCAAGUACCACUGUGAUGCUUUUCAUGUUGUUUUACUGUAUCAUUUUUUAAUAAUUGCAUACCAAAGUCAUGACAAAUGCAAUUUACAUUGUUGUAUGGACAUAUUUUAAAAAUUCAUAAAAAUAUAAAAUCAAAUUGUUUUCUGCAAACUCCACCAGAUUCUUGUUCUGCAUCUCCUCAAGUACCACUGUGAUGAUUUUCAUGUUGUUUUACUGUAUGAUUUUUUAAUAAUUGCAUACCAAAGUCAUGACAAAUGCAAUUUACAUUGUUGUAUGGACAUAUUUUAAAAAUUCAUAAAAAUAUAAAAUCAAAUUGUUUUCUGCAAACUCCACCAGAUUCUUGUUCUGCAUCUCCUCAAGUACCACUGUGAUGAUUUUCAUGUUGUUUUACUGUAUGAUUUUUUAAUAAUUGCAUACCAAAGUCAUGACAAAUGCAAUUUACAUUGUUGUAUGGACAUAUUUUAAAAAUUCAUAAAAAUAUAAAAUCAAAUUGUUUUCUGCAAACUCCACCAGAUUCUUGUUCUGCAUCUCCUCAAGUACCACUGUGAUGAUUUUCAUGUUGUUUUACUGUAUGAUUUUUUAAUAAUUGCAUACCAAAGUCAUGACAAAUGCAAUUUACAUUGUUGUAUGGACAUUUUAAAAAUUCAUAAAAAUAUAAAAUCAAAUUGUUUUCUGCAAACUCCACCA